AUGCCCCACACCAGGCUGCUGCUCCUCCUCGCCCUCCUGUGCGCUGCUGAGACCGGCCAGGCUCUCCGCCUCUACAAUGCCGCCUCCAUCUUCAGCUGCCUCAAUGCGGCCCUUGCUGAAGCCCAGAAGAGCUACCCGGAGGAAAAUGCCAUCUUGGACAAACGCAGCUUCGACUCCACACUGCCAGACGAGGCAUCUGAGGAGGAGGAGAGGCAGGAGGCAGUGGAUGAAGAGAUGGGGAAAAGGACGUUCCCUGGAGAAGGCCAUUACAAAUAUGUCUCCCAGGCGCAGGUGAAGGGGAAGACGUACCAGAAUCGGGCCAAGAGCGACCAUCGCACCAAGGUCACCCUCUCCCUUGAUGUCCCCACCAACAUCAUGAACAUCCUCUUCAAUAUUGCCAAAGCCAAGAACUUGCGGGCAAAGGCUGCUGCCAAUGCACACCUCAUGGCCCAAAUCGGGCGGCGGAAGUGA